CGCCGCAGAGCCUCUGAAUCGAUACGAUGCGCGUCACGUGCUGUCGGGCGCGACCAAUAGCCGCGCUCGGGGGCCGGGCGGCGGGGGGAAAGCGGCGAGGGGGGCCCGCCGCGCGCCCCAAUCGUCAGUGCACGAGAAACAACCGCGCGCGCCGGUCGUGCACCGGUUGUUCCCACUAGAAACACGAGUUUCACCGAAAACCGGUCCGAUGGUUCGUGUCAUGUUAUAGUGCAGUGCCGCCGCAAUGAGUGCGUGGACGGAGGACAUGUUGUCCUGGCACGACGAGCGUCUCGGCCUCACCGAACUGCCGAGUACCAACAGGAGAAAACAACGCAGCGCGCCGUAUAGGCUACAUCGGCCGCAUUUGCCCGCGCCUCACGUGCCCGAACCGCCGCCGGAGCCUCAGGGAACGCAUAUAUCGAGACUGUAUCCGGAGUUGUUGGCUUUAAUAUUCGAGAGGCUACCUGUGAGAGACCGGGGACGGGCGGCACAAGUGUGUCGCGCGUGGAGGGAUGCCGCCGACAGGAGAUCCGUUUGGCGAGGUGUAGAAGCUGCUUUACAUCUGAGAAGACCAGCACCAGUGCUUUUUGCAUCAUUAGCUAGACGAGGAGUACGGAAACUACAGGUACUAUCACUAAGAAGAGGCUUGAGAGACGCUGUAGCAGCGUUACCUGGUCUAGAAUCGUUGUCGCUCAGUGGUUGUUAUAGUGUAACGGACACAGCACUAGCCAGUGCAUUCGCCGCAGAGCUUCCAGCAUUAAGAAGACUGGAUUUAUCUUUGUGCAAACAAGUAACUGACUCAUCACUUGGAAGAAUAGCUCAGGCACUAAGUAACUUAGAAGAAUUGGAGUUAGGUGGGUGUUGUAAUAUAACAGAUACAGGUCUUCUAUUGAUAGCGUGGGGAUUAAAAAAACUGCGUCGUUUAAAUCUACGAUCAUGUUGGCAUGUAAACGAUACAGGUAUAGCUCAUUUAUGUGGAGGAGUUGAUUCUAGAGGGACGCUAGACUUAGAACAUUUGGGAUUGCAAGACUGCCAAAGGUUGACAGAUGAAGCGCUUAAACAUGCAGCAACUGGUCUUCCAAAUUUGAAAUCUAUAAACCUAUCUUUCUGCGUAGCCGUCACAGAUGCUGGGUUGAGGCACCUAGCACGAUUACAGCAUUUAGAAGAUAUAAAUUUAAGAGCCUGUGACGGCGUUUCAGAUGCAGGAGUAGCCCAUUUAGCGGAAAGUGGCAGGUUAAGAGCACUAGAUGUAUCGUUUUGCGAUAAAGUUGGUGACGAGGCACUGUCACAUGCGACUCUAGGAUUAUCAGGAUUGCGCUCCUUAUCUUUGAGUGCAUGUCGACUAACAGACGAGGGGCUAGAACGGGUCGCUAGGUUAUCACAACUAGAGACGUUAAAUAUAGGCCAGUGCACAAAGGUCACGGAUAGAGGCCUGAAGGCUUUGGGUGAUGGACUACUAAAUUUGAAAGCGAUAGACUUAUACGGCUGUACGUGUAUAACGCCACAAGGCUUGGACCAUAUCGUGAAGUUGCCUCAGCUCAGUGUACUUAACCUCGGCCUGUGGCAUGUGCGGUGACCACACACACACUAGUCCGUGUCUGCGUGUUUGUGUGAGUGAGACGGCCAUGUUGAAGUGAAGGAGCGUCAAGGUUGUAUACUCAGGACAGUGAAUAAAGGAAUUAACCAAUUUAAAGAUAUUAUAACGAAUUAUUGUUAGGAUGUGGGGUUGCUUUCUUUCUAAAUGUUCUGUUUUCAUCCAGUUAAGUUGUUGUUUACAUUUGUUGUAUUUGGAUUCUGUGAUUUGAAAUUAAUUGUCCUAAGUCGAGUUUCGAAGAAAGUUGCCCCAGCACCUAGUCGCUAUAUUGAGUCAGAUCUUUUUAAUUGGCAAGUUGUCCUUAUCAAUUUAAACAAUAUGUUUAUGUUUUUAUAUUCUGAUGACGUAUUAAUGAUUAAAGCCGUACUUCCUGUAUAAAAAAAAGAACGAAACCAUUAAAAAGAUCUGUCUUUAAUAUAAUUGCUCCAUUAGUUAGGUAGAUAUUUAGCCAUUCUUCAAAUUGAGUUUUCUGUUCGACUUCAUGUGACAUUUAAUUUUAGGGUUUGUUAAUAGUAAGUUUUAUAUUGUUAUGAACACAAUGGUCGGGGAAACCCCGUGUAUCCUAGUAUUGGAACAUACGUAUUAGGUAAACGUUUAUGUUUUAUUCAAUAAUUUUGUUCGUCAUGACUUCAAAAUAUACUCAAAACGAAAAAGUUGAAUCAUCCUUAGUAUUAUUUUACGGAAGCGUGUUAUAAUAUCAUCGAAAUAGACAUCCGAUCAAAAGUAUCAUAAUGUAUAUAAAGAAUUUUUUUUUCGAAAUUUCUUUACGUUUUAAUCCCUAUCGAUAUAAUUAAACAUAAAAUGCAUUCUUUUUGUAUAUUUUUUCGCGUAAAAAAAAUAUUGUGGAUACUACUUAAAUAAAAAAUCUAUAAUGAUAGAGCUUUAAUUUUCGAGCAGCUAACCCAAUUCCAAUUAGUUUUUGAAAAGUAUCCUUUUGUAGGUAAUUGACGAUGGAAUAGAACAUUCAUAUAAAAAAAAAAAUACCAGCAAAAGAUAAACUAGAAACUAGGUACCUAUCUAUAGACAAUAUUUCGUCAUGGCUAAAGUAAAAACUUUGAAUCUAGCGUGAUAAAGGAGACGUUGAUUUAUAUCAACCAUUUAUAAUGCUGCCUAUUAUCACAUUUUUUUCAUAAAAAAUGAUCAAACCUUGACAUACUUUUUCUUUAAGUUGGGUAAUACUGUCAUGGGUGAAGAUUAUGUAGUUCACUACAAGGGCUCUAAAAAGUGAAACGAAAACUUGAUUACAAAUAAAAAUAUUAAAAUUAUAAAAUACGUAACCCAUCGUUUAAGAUUAAUUUUUUUUCCAAUAAAAUUCUUUGUUACUUUUUGCGUUAUGAAGACUAUAUUUUAUGGUGAAUGAUUUUGUUGAUUUUCAGAUUUGUUUUAGUUAAUCUAAUGCCAAAUUAUUCCUUUUAUAAAAAAGACGAAAAACAAUAAACACCAAAACUCGUUUAGUUAUUAAAAAAUGCGAUAGAUCAGUAUGUUUUCUGCCAAGUAAUUUUGAUAGAACAUAAGAAUACCUGAAAUAUAUCUGUUUGCCAUUUUCUCUCCAUCUAUUCUCAAAAAUCCCUAAAAAAAUGCUUCAAGAAACUUACUAUUCUUUUAUGAUAUGCGACAAAAUGUUCAUACUUACAAUAUAAAUGAACGUCAUUAUGAUAAAUGAAGGACCAAAACAAUUUAAUAAAAAUGUGGGAGAUCGAUCCGUAAUCUGAAAUAUUGAAAAUAAUGUUCUUUGGCCACAAAUCUCGAAAUGGUUUUUUAAUCGGUUAAAAUAUUUUUAUCUUCACUCGUGAAUUAACUGGCUUCGUAUUUUGGAUUAUCGAUAACGCUUAUAAAUUGGAUUUCGACAUAUAAUAAAUUCACUUUUACCAUAUUUUAAUUAUAAUUUAAUUUUUAAAUAUCUGUGGACAUGUAUAUACAUGUAUCGUGUAAUCUUACCGAUAUUUUUGUGCCAAAUUGUAAUUAUUUAUCCUUUAAAAAAAUAAAGCUUUGAAUUGCACAAUAAUUGGAAUUUGUGUUCCAUAUCUCCUUAUUGCAUCUCCAAAUUAGCAGAGCUUUAGAAGUAAUAUUCGUAUCAGGAAAAAGUUGCCACAAAUAUGAUAAUUUUCAAACUCAACCCAUUGUUGUCAAAUUAGAAUUGCCACAAAGG